AUGAGCUCGUCAUUUAACACACCUCUCGAUGCCGACCCCGACCUGGGGCCGAAACGGCUUCGCAUACCGCAGUAUGCUAUCUAUCAUGAGGAUCCUAACAGGAUGGAUGUAGAUCCAGUGGAAAGCAUUGAGCCAUUGCCCGGAGGAUCCGGGAUGGCUAUCGAUUUCCCUGUAGGAGGAUCCGACUCUGAGGAUAAUUUGUUGCACAGUCGCGACGAGAACCUGAAGCUAUACAACGAGCAGCUCGCGUCAAUCCACCAGCGACUCGAAUUGCUCCGUGUUCCCGAGAGUGCACCCGGCAUCGAUCGCGAUGUCAGGCUGAAGCUCGAUGCAACUCUCACCAGAGGUCCCUUGGACGUGAAAGAACUCACUGCACUUGUGAGACAGAGUAAAGAUCUCGGUUUACUCUCAUACAAUGCCGAUUUGUUGAACAGCGCGUUGACCGACCCAAUGGCUGCCAGGAUUAUCUUCUAUCACGUGAACGGGAUCUUGCCCCGCGAUCACCCAAACCGGUCUCGAAUUUGUUACCUCCUGGGAUCUCUCUUACGCGAGCGUUUUGAACUGCAGAACGAGCUGGAGGAUCUUGAGGCUGCUAUCAUUGCGUUCACUUUGUCUAUCCGGUCCCCGUUUUUCAAUCAUGCAUCCCCAAGUGCAAAGUGCGACUGUCUCUAUGAGAUCGGGAUAUCUUAUUAUUACUCCUAUCAGAGGAAGAAAGAUCUUCGUGAAUUGGGCUAUGCUAUCGACGCGCUUCGCUAUGCAGCUGACUGGUGCCAUGAUAAGCCUCAGAGGGGCAGCAUCUUUGCCUUGGUCGGCCGUCUCUUCCACAAUCACGCGAAACGCUCGGACGAUGUGGGGGAUAUGGACUAUGCAAUUUACGCCCUCGAGCGCGCUGCUGAGCUCUUGCCAGCCAAUGACCCUACGGCCCUUGCCCAAUGUCUUCGAGAUAUCGGUGCUGCGUACUUGGCUCGCUUCAAGGCCACUAAAAAACGCGACUCGGUGUACCUUGAGGGUGAUAGAAGACAUAGAACCGUCUCGAAACGCACCCGCCAGUAUUUGGAGCGCGGUAUCGAAGCAUACUGUCGUGCCAUAACUCUUCUACCAGCUGGCCAUGCCCUGGAGCAGAGUCUAUACCGCAACUUUGGUUCAUCCUUGCGUAAACGUGGCAUCUGCAUCGGGGAACCCGAUGCCAGGACUAGUACCCAGGAUAACGUGGAAGUGUAUCAACGGGUGGCCUUGUAUACGCAGAUGAGCCACCCCGACUGGCCACGGCUACAGGCGGAGUAUGGCAAAGCUUUGGUGAACCGGUUCACACGGGAUGGCCAACCGUUGGAUAUCGAGCGUGCGGUUGAAGUGUAUGGGAAUCUGUUCGAGCACAUGCCUCACUGCUAUGAUGACGUCAUGCUUCUGCACGAGAUGGGCGUCGCCCUACAUUUGCGCUUUGAAACGUCUGAAGAAUGGGCCGAUUUGAUGUCUGCUUUGAGAGCGCACGAGCGCGCUGUUGAACUUGCUCCUGACUCCCACCGGGAGAAAUCGAGGCUACUCGAUGGUCUUGCCAUGACUUGGCAGACACGAUACAUAUUCGCCCCUGAAAUGGAAUAUAUUGAUUCUGCUGUCUCUGCUCAUCAACGCGCCAUCGAACUGGCUCUAAAUGAGGACUCAAAGAAGGGUCUAUGGCUCUGUCAUUAUGGGACUUCUCUCCGGAUUCGUUAUGAUCAGAGCGAGGAUAUUCGAGACCUCGAGCGCGCGGUUGCGAUGCAUGACAACGCAUGGACACUCGUCCCGGAGAGUAAUCCUCUCGCUCCGGAAGUCAUAAACGAGCUCGGAUUGUCUUUGUUAGAAAGAUUCAAGUAUGUCCAAGAGGCGCAUCGCAAUACAUAUGACGUUGUGCGUUCUGUUUCGGCCCAUCGAUAUGCAGUGCAGUUCGCAGGAGAGAAACAUCCCAAGAGACUCACGCUACGUCGUAACCUUGGCCAUGCCUUGAGAUACCGAUUCCAGCAUGUGGAUCGAGAUGACAAGAGGAAAACUUUCAAGGAGGCGAUUGACAGUUUUAUGGACUUCGCGCCGGACGUGCCUGGCUAUCGCGCAGAGCAUCUGACGAAUGCCGCAGCUUGCGCGAGUAUGUUGUCCGAGAAUCGCGAUUUCUGUUCUCAAAACGAUAUUAUCUUGGCCUGGACUCGGUUCAUGGACGGAUUCGAGACGGAGGCUGCCUGGCUUGGGCAUACAGUGCACAGACGCUUUCGGGGACUAUCGAGGUGGGGUCGUGAUGUAGCCACUGCAGUCGCUGCAGCCCUUGAGGGCAACGAACCGCAAGUAGAGCAAGCCGCUGAGUGGCUUGAAGCGGGGAGAGCCAUGAUAUGGUCGCAGGUCUUGUCGCUUCGCGACCGAAUCAGCCUUGAGAUAUGGCAACAUGAUGCUGGCAUGGCGUUGCAGUUGCGCCAAUAUACUCGAGCAAUACAGGAGGACGUGUAUGCACCUCUGAGCGCGACUAUGCCGGAGAGAAGUUUCGAAGAUCUCCAGGUGAAAGAGAUCCCGAGCAUUCUCCGAAACCCCAGGUCUCUUCACCGCAGACGUGUCUUGGAUUAUGAAGCGGUACUUGAGAGUAUACGCGAGCACGAGGAGUUCGAGGACUUCAGACGUCGGAAGUCUGUUCUUGAGCUCCUCCGAUCACCUCAUGCGAAACAGCAUCUCGGAGGAUACAUUGUCUUCUUGACUGUGCACGAAACACGUUCCGAUGCCAUAGUGAUCGUCCCCGGAGAGAACACCAGCAUAUCAUCGACUCGUCUGCAGAGGCUGACGUACAAGACAGCGGAGCGUGUGAGUAAUGCAUGGGCAGAGGUGCUUUGGAAGUACGGCGUCACUCGUGAGCGCGGCGAGGACCCACGAGCGCCUGUUCGGCCAGAGGCGGACAGUAACGUGCAGAAGAAAUUGCACAAAGUUUUGAAGAUUUUAUGGGAUUAUGUGGUUUAUCCCGUGUUACAGUUCAUCGAGUCUGAGGGGCUUCAGUGUCAGGGCAUGCCGGGGCGUUUGCCGCAUAUCACUUGGUGUCCGUCGGGGGCAUUGACAGAGCUACCACUACACGCAGCAGGCGACUACGAAGUCCCCUCCGGACCGCGCGCAUACAAUUGUUUCGUCUCGUCAUACGCCCCAUCUCUUUCUGCGCUCAUUCGUGGCAGCGAGCAAGCCUUCCUCAAGCGUUCUCAGUAUCCGUCCGCGCUGAUCGUGACGCAACCAAACACGCCAAAUCACACACCUCUUCCCUGCACCGAGAAAGAAAGGGUCUGUCUGCAGAAUAUCCUAGCGAGAGCACAAAUCCCAUACCAAGCCAUGGUGCACAGGGAGGCUACUGUCCUCGACGUCCAAGGAGCGAUUGAUUUACAUUCCUGGUUGCAUCUCGCCUGCCACGGCAAGCAGGAAUGGAACGACCCGCUCAAGAGCGCGUUCGCGCUGUACGACGGCCCGUUGUCGAUCCCCGACGUUAUGCGGACGGCUGGAGAAAAAGCAGAGCUUGCUUUCCUUUCAGCGUGUCAGACGGCCAGGGGUGAUCUCAACCUCAAAGAGGAGGCUUCACACCUGGCCGCAGGUAUGCUCGCGGUCGGGUUUUGCGCUGUCGUCGGGACAAUGUGGUCGAUCGGAGACGCCGACGCGCCCAUUGUGGUGGAGGCCUUCUACACGAAGCUGAUUGAGAUGCGAAACCAGGAUCUGGUGGGAGUGGGCGAGACGGGAGCCGCGUACGCGCUGCAUGAAGCGGUCGGGCGUUUGAGGGAGCAAGUAGGAGAGUCGAAAAUUGUGAAGUGGGCGCCUUUCGUACAUUAUGGAGUGUGA